AUGUACACCCCAUCCAUCAUCCAAGGGCUCCUCCUCGCCAUCACCCUCGUCUCCUCCUCCGAAGCCAAGCUCGGCAUCAACUGCCGCGGCUCCGCAAACUGCAACACCUUCGGCAACACCCAGAUCGCCUUCCAGCUCAAACACGCCAUUGACGGCAUCGACACCAACCGCUGGUACAACAACGGUGAGCACAUCGCCUGUGUCGGGACCGGUGCCCCGAUCACCGGCAAGGGCGGUUUCUGCGCCUUCUUGCAGAAAACCGGCGGGACGAAUGGUGGUGUAAUCAAGAGUCUGGCUCAUUAUAUCCCGGAGCAUGGAUGCAAGGUUUGCGGUAGUGUACCGUACUACUAUCCUCAGGGGAAUAAUAAUGUGGAUGAUGGGGAGCUGACCUUUAAUUAUGUGGAUAAUUCUUGUUCGCAGGAUGAUGCGAAGCUUUGUUGA